AUGGUGGUGCAAGGCGUGGUGGGCAAGCUCGGAGCCGUCUUCAUCAUCAUCCCGCAGCCGCGCAAGCAUCAUGUUUGUAAUGAUCGCCUUGUUCGCUUGCGAAACCUCUACAUCAUCGGCUUCAGCCAGUUCUUUCCGCUCUUGCUCACGCGCUGGAUGGCGGCGCACGGCGGCGUCAUACACCUAUUUACUUAUACCACGUUACACUACACAAUACAACACAUUCAUCAAGCAAUGCAUCCG